AUGCUUCUCCGCGCCCUCUUCAUCCUCGUGGCCGCCCUGCUUGCCACUGCCGCCGCCCAUGCCCAUGCCCAUGCCCAUGCCCAUGCCCAUGCCGCAGGAUCCGGCCUGGAUUCGAGGGCGCUGAGCCUCGACAAUCUUCCGCCAUGUGGGCUCACUUGCAUGGUGUUGGUCGUGCCGACUACCAAUUGCUCCCUCGACGACAUCAACUGCAUCUGCCACGACAAGCAGCUGCUCGACAGCGCGGGCGACUGUCUCAUCGCGAACUGCACCAUGCAGGAGACGCUCGACACGUCCAGAGUCCAGGCUGCGCUCUGCAACCUGCCCAACGACUCGAGGCGCCACGAAAUCCUCAUCACCACCAUCACCGUCUACCUGGUGGCGCUGGUAUUCGCUGUCGCCAGGACCGCCGGCAAGAUCGUGUCCAAACGGCUGGGUCUGGAUGACGCCAUGGUCAUCGUUUCCGUUGUACUGACCAUCAUGCCCCUGGGCUGCGCUCUGGCAAUGACGCAGCGCGGCUUCGGUGAGCAUAUCUGGAACCUCAAGGACGGCGCGCUGUCGACCAUUCUCAAACUAUUCUACAUAUGCGCUGCAAGUUACGGCAUCGUCCUCGGCAUCCUCAAGGUCGCUCUGCUCCUGUCCUACCUCAGCAUCUUCACAGAGCCGCGGUUCCGCAUCCUUGCUUACAUUACCAUGGCCUACAUCAUCAUCAGCACCACCAUCAUCUUCUUCUUGUCAGUUUUCCUGUGUUCGCCGGUUGAGUCUUUCUGGAACAGAGACAUCAAAGGAAAGUGCAUAAGCCCUAAGAACGUCUCUUAUGCAAACUCGGCCAGUGCCAUAGUGCAAGACCUUAUUCUCCUGGUGCUACCUCUCUUCUACAUCCGAAACUUGCAAGUCAAUCGCUGGCGCAAACUUGCUGUGAGCCUCAUGUUCGCUACAGGCACCUUUGGAUGCAUUACCACCAUUGUUCGCCUGCACACCCUGACGCUUUACACCAUCUCCUACGACCCUACGUGGGACUAUGCCCCCCUCGUCAUUUGGACUGAACUGGAGCUUGUUGCAGGUCUAGUAUGCAUAUCCCUUCCGCCUAUUCGCGUCCUGGUAUCUCGGCUUCUUCCACCACGCGUCAGAGAAUUCUUUUCUCGCAUUACAUCAAGCAGCGGCUCGAGGUCGAACCCGUCCGACUUUUCCAGACCAAAGAUAAGAACAUCGGUUCCACCACAGCGCUCGUCAUCCGACCAAGAUUGGCACAGGCAUUCGGGUAGAAAUUGGGUCUCAAUCAACGAUCCGAAAGGCGACAGUCCCCAAGAUACCGCCAUCGAGUUGAGUCGUGUAUCCAAGACCGAGACGGACCUCACCAACCAUGCAUCGUUUCGAAGUUCGAAUACUGAUAAAGGCGAAAUCUCAAGGAUGUCUGCCAUAGGACGUUUGUCUGAUCGAUCAUACUCGGAAGAGUUCCUGCAGCCCCACGCCCUGACAACGCCAGCCUCGGGCCAGCAUGCACCCGUAUGA